UAGCAGUACCUCCCAAAAUAGAAGAAUGCCAUCGUAAACUGAAGUUCAUAUAUGGGCCAACAACACUAACUGAGUACUAGAGACGAAUAGCGCGCACACCGUUACUACUGUGCACGCUAGCAUAGGAGAACACAACCUACGGCACGUGCACCAUAGCGAAACCUCGAAGAAGAAGAAACAGUGAUGAAUGUGAGAUGAAUGAAGAACAUCUUCAACAAUCAGAAGAAGAAGAAAACCACAAUCCGUAACUCUAAGAGUAACUUAGCUACUAAGUCUUACACAUGGAUUCUACCGAAUCACAACCGGAUCCAAUUUCUCUAGAAACCCGACCUGGAAUUUUCAUCAUCGGAUCCUCCACCGUCGGCAAACGCACCCUCCUAUCCCGAUUGCUCUCUGUUGAUUCUGAAGAUGCAUUUGAUUCGGCUUCUGAAGUAAAUGUCCAUGGGUGGACUAUUAAUACUAAGUACUAUACUGCUGAUGUUGCGGUUUGGAUGGCUCAUCUUCAUGAUGAUUUUUCUGUUGGAAACCUUCCCGCGUUUCAACAAAUGACUGCUUUGGUUAUGGUCUUUGACAUGAAUGAUUUAUCUUCCCUAACUGCACUUCAAGGCUGGGUAUCACACACGGAUAUCCAAAACUUUGAGAUAUUGCUAUGUAUUGGAAACAAAGUCGACCUGGUUCCAGACCAUCCAGUUCAUGCUGAAUAUAGAAGACGGUUGCUGAAACUUGAAGACUCUGCUGUGGAUCUCUAUUCUGAAUUGCCCGAGUAUGGAAUAUCUGAAUAUGAAGGAACUAGUUUAUUGGGGAGUGAUGAACCUUCGUGGGAUAUCAGAAAGUCCUGCAUGGAAUGGUGUAGUGAGCACAAUAUUGAGUUCAUUGAGGCUUGUGCUUCCAAUGCCGAUUUCGAUAAAUGUUUAUCUGUAGACGGUGAUUUACAAGGAGUUGAACGCCUCUAUGGUGCACUUUCCGCCCAUAUGUGGCCUGGGAUGGUACUGAAAUCUGGUGAAACGAUAAGCCAACCAUCAUUUCCUGAGAACGAAGAGAUAUCUUCUGAAGAAUCUGAUUAUGAACAAGAGUAUGAAGUUUUAUCUGAUGGUUCAGCUGAUGUCUGGGAUGAAACUGAACUAGGAUGGAUUUCUGCAACUUCCUUAGAUGCAGGGACAUCAGUUCCUCAAAACAAGCCCAAUGCAGUUUGUGAACGUGACAAAGGAAGUAAGUCUGAUGAAGAGCUUCAGCCUACAACCUCAAGCACUGCAUUUCAGGAUGAGGGUGAUGUGGCUGUGGUGCACAGUAUCAUAGAUUCUGAAGGAGAUGAGAAGUUAGACGAGAGUAAAAUUCUUGACGUAGAGGAUUUGGAACAGUUGAUGUCUGAGAUUGGGAAUAUGCGUUCGGGCUUAAGAUUGAUGCCUGAUUUUCAAAGAAGGGAAAUGGCCGCAAAGCUGGCUAUGAAAAUGGCUUCCUUAUUUGGAGGAGAUAGUGAUGAAGGUGAACUUUAGUUGAUAAUAUUAAUUCUAUGAAAUUCAGUUAUAAUUAUAAGAAUACAUCAAUGAAUGAUUUUUCAGUACUUUUACAUGAGUCAUCAUGUCGAGGAAAUCAGCAACCUCUGUUGCCCAAGGAUGAUGAGUUACUUCAUGCUUGGACUCUCUGCGACUCUUGGUUGCUGCUGAAACAUGAUCCAUGUUCAUUUACUCCUGUUAUGUCAUACACUAUUCAAUAGCCCUAUUUUUUUUUAGCAUAACAGUUUGUUAAAUAUCUAACAUAUUUAGGCAGAUUCAUGGUACUUAGUUUGGUGGUAUUGGUGUGUAAAAAUUUGAAAGGCUAUGAUGACUUGGGAAUUUGUUUGAUGAAAUUGAUGGAAAAGUGCACUAAAA